GGAGGAGUGUUCAUCGGUGGACAGUCAGGCAGGAGGACCGCAGUCCCGACGGCAGUUUUGGAGGCUCCAAGCGGGAUAAAACUGCGUCUAAUACGGGGAGAACCCAGCAGGGAUAAUCCGACAUGAGUUGGGGAACGGAGCUCUGGGACCAGUUUGAUAAUCUGGACAAACACACUCAGUGGGGGAUUGAUUUUCUCGAGCGCUAUUCAAAGUUUGUCAAGGAAAGGCUGGACAUUGAGCAAAGCUAUGCCAAGCAACUACGGAGCUUGGUGAAGAAAUAUUGCCCGAAACGCUCCAAGGAGGAGGAGCCGAGGUUCACAUCAUGUGUGUCGUUCUACUCCAUACUGAAUGAACUUAAUGACUAUGCCGGUCAGAGGGAGGUGGUGGCGGAGGAGAUUGCUCACAAGGUGUACGGAGAGCUGAUGACCUACAGUCAAGACCUCAAAGCUGAGAGGAAGCAUCAUCUUCAGGAGGGCAGGAAGGCCCAGCAGUAUUUGGAUCAUAGCUGGAAACAGAUGGACAACAGUAAAAAGAAGUUUGAGAGGGAGUGUAAAGAAGCAGAGAAAUGCCAGCUGACCUUCGACCGGUUAGAUAAUGACAUCAACGCCACCAAAUCUGAAGUGGAGAAGGCCAAAGCCCAGUUAUACCUGCGGACUCACAUGGCCGAUGAGAGUAAGAACGAAUACGCCGCUCAGCUACAGAACUUCAACGGAGAGCAGUGGAAACAUUUCAACAACGCCAUUCCACACAUCUUCAAGAAUCUGCAGGACAUGGAUGAACGUCGGACGGUGAAGCUGGGCGAGACGUACCGGAGCUUUGCUGAGGCGGAGCGGAGAGUCAUUCCCAUCGUCUCCAAAUGUCUAGAAGGAAUGGUUUCUGCCGCCAAAGCUGUCAAUGAACGAAAGGAUUCACUCAUUGUCGUGGAGUCUUUCAAGUCCGGCUUCGACCCUCCAGGCGACUUCCCCUUUGAGGACUUCAGCCAGAAUCUGAGCAGGUCGGGUUCAGACGGGACCAUCAGCAACACGCCUAAAGGAGAACGAGACAAAGACGGGAGCCCGGCACCGAGAUCAGACCCGAAACAUCCCACGAGCAGAACCAAGAACAAGCUGUGGCUGUUUGGGAAGAAACCAAAGUCCCCUUCCUCUUGUCCUCCUCCUCCUCCUCCAUCAUCUUCCUCCCGCUCCUCCUCCUCCUCCUCCUCCUCCUCCCGCUCCCGUACCCGUCCCCGGUCCACCUCCCACCCAUUCCCUGCAUCCCGGUUCGGUUCUGACCUUGUGAGCCACUAUCUGUCUGAGAUAAAGACUACAGUACCCAGAAUACCCCAGAAUUUGAAGGCCCUGCGGAGAGGGGCUCCAUCUCUGGAGGAUUUCAGUCACCUCCCCCCCGAGCAGAGGAGGAAGAGGCUGCAGCAGAAGAUCGACGAGCUCAACAGAGAGCUCCAGAAAGAGCAGGAUCAGAGAGAUGCCUUGAACAAGAUGAAGGACGUGUAUGAGAAGAACCCACAGAUGGGAGACCCCAUCAGCCUGCAACCCAAAAUAUCAGAGACCAUUUGUAACAUGGAGAGACUGCGCUCGGAACUCCACAAAAAUGAGACUUGGUUAUCAGAGGUGGAGGGAAAGCACAGCUCCAGAGGAGACAGGAGACACAGCGCCGACAAUCACCAUCAAGCCCCUCAAGGCCGAGAAAGCCCUGAGGGCAGCUACACAGAUGACACCAGUCAGGAGCAUCACACGCCUCACCCCCGCCGCCCCAGUCCCGCACAGCCCGGGAACCCAAACCCGGACCCUCACGAGUUUGACGAUGAAUUCGAUGACGACGACCCGCUGCCGGUCAUCGGACACUGCAAAGCACUCUACUCAUUUGGAGGUCAGAACGAGGGGACGCUGGUGAUGGCAGAAGAUGAGGUGUUGUACAUCAUCGAGGAGGACAAGGGCGACGGCUGGACGCGGGUCAGGAAGCAGAGCGGCGAGGAGGGCUACGUCCCCACCUCCUACGUAGAAAUCACCAUGGAGAAAAGCAGCAAAGGUGCUGUCACCUACAUCUGACUCCACACUGUCCUCCGCCCUCCGCUCCAUCCCUCUGUCAUUCUCUCCAUCUCAGCUUUCUCCUCCUCCACAUCACACUACAAAGGAAAACCCCAAAAAAGACAGCAUCUAAACACCUGCAUGGACGUUCAUCUCUUUCUUUUGACUGGUUUCCAUCCCACCUCUUCAUCCCUCUGUCUCUUUAUGCGUCUGUCCUCUCGUGUGCGUGGGACUGUCUCAGAAGGUGAGCGUGUGAGCGCGGAGACGAAUGGAAGAAGCUACUUGACCGUGUUUGUCUUGUGUUCGAGGCAUUUCUCUGUUUGUGUGUCUCCACUGCUGUAGUGAGCCCCAUGUUGAGGCUUCACCGCUUCCUGUCGAUCAAAGUGUUUCAGAUUGUUUAAUGUAAUAUAUUAGAGACUAUUUUUUAUUUUUAUCCAAUCUUUUAAUUGUUCUUUCUGAAACUCACUGAUUUUAAGCUCAUUUAAGAGUCGACAUAAUUUGAAAUGAAAAACAUUAUGCUGUUUUUUUCUCUGUGUAUGUAUGUGUGUGUGUUUGUGUGUGUGAGCGUCUGCGUGUGUGUGCAUGCAUUUGUGUUUUGUUUUUUAUCAGUGCCAUCACACUUAAGGUGGUAUUACACUAACAGAGGUUUGUCUGGUUUCAGCCUCAGCCUCUUGUCUUCAGUGCAGUUUUCUUACAGACAAACUGUAGAAAUUAAAGUUUUGAAGUCUUUUGAGAUUAAUUGAUAAAUUCAGAGAAGAGUUGAAAACACUGAAACCAACAAUGUUUUUCUCAUUUCUUUUCCAUGAGGAGAAUCCAUCUUUCAUGUAUUCGCCUCUUAAACGACUGUAAUUUGCAUCAGAUCUGAAGUCGUCUUGUGACCCACAAUCACAGGCUCGAGACUCUGAGUAAACAGUUGAUGUAAAGAGACGUUUCUUUUCCCCUCUGACUCAACGAUUCACAAGGAAAAUGGAGAAACGAGGGAGACGAUAGAAAUGUUUUCUAUCUCCCAUAAAUCACCCGGUGACCUCUUAGAUUAUUUUGGGAUUCUGUGAGAUCCAAACAAAAUAAACUCCCCGCUUGGAAACUGCUCUCGUGGGUCUUUACAGCAGCAGGAUGGUUUCUGUAGGAUUAAAUAAAUCUAAAGUGCUGAUGAAGAAACCGUGAAAUGCUGCGGUGAAUUUAAUGUUUGGUUAGAAUAUGAUACUAAUUCUACAUUGUUGGUUUUGGACUUUUCAUGGGAGUUGAUCCACCCACUUCUUCUAUUCUCCUGUGAAAUCAUACCCAGCCCUUCAAAGCCUAAAGAAAUGAUUCUAGUUCUUAUACUUUUUCCAGGAUUGUUUUAAUUAAAUGUUAAACUAUUAUGUAAUUCUGGUCAUUGUUUGAGUCACUGAUUAAAGAAACAGCUGUGACACUUUUCUAUCGACGUCCAUGAUGAUAUUAAUCUUCAAAACCUUUUAAAUUCAUCUCUUCAGUUCCAGUUAUUUGGGCCGAAUCAGAGUGAGAAUAUCUUGGAUUUCAGUGAAACGGCCGUAAGGUGUGUCAGACGUCUGUUGUUCUUCAGGUCCUCUCAGACAAAUAAAGACCGAGAGCAGGAGGAGGAGGAGGAUGAGGAGGAGGAGGAAGAUGCUCUAAUGACAUGAACAGACACAAUCUGCAGGAUUCUUCAAAUAUUUGGGAUUGUUUUCUUCCUUUGUCCAAUUUCUGAAUCCUUUCUCCUGAUGGAAAAUGCUGAGGUCGUUCAGUCUCAAACACAGUCUGUCUCUGUGACCACUUUUAUUCUGUUGAAACUUAAAUCUUCUCUCUGUGUGUGUGUGUUUGUGUGUGUGUGUCUUUUAGUAACUGGCCCUCUCCUCUAUGUGACCGCAGGUUCCUGAGGGCUGCAGGGUGGCCGGGCGAUUUGAUUGGCUGGUGGAGGGCUCACGGUGAUUGCUGAUUAAUGGUGGUGCGGGUACACGAGGAAGAGAGAGAAAUAGGAGGGGGGAAAGAGAGAGAGAGAGGUAGAGAGAGGAAGUGGGCUGGAGGGAGGUUUGCAUGUCUGCAUGAUCGGCAUUCGGGGGGGUUACGAGAGGAGGAAGGGAGGGAGGGUUGUACCGAAGGUAGAAGAUCCCAAAGCCAUAAGCUGGCAAUGAUUUACAGUAUUAAUGAUCUUACAGUUGGAUCCUAACAGGAGAAGAGCUGUCGGACCAGGAAGUGAUCACAAGCUCCAUCUAUUUGAUGACUAUGCUAAAGACGCAAUAUCCCAGACACUGUGUCCCCAGGGGAAAGUCAUUGUGGUUAAGAAGUAGAUUGACCUUGUGAUGACCUCUGUCCAGCUCGUGAGGAUUUCUUACUUCUCGUAAAUCGUUUGGAUAAUUUCUGACUCCCGACACAUGUCAGGGUGUUAUUAACUCUCAGGCUCAGGUUCGCUCACAGCAUCAAACUAACAGAAUCCGUGCUGCGCUGCUCCGACUCACUCCCGUCAUCAUCGUCUCUGUCUGUGCUCUGUUGGUGAUGUCUGCCUGAGCCACUCUGCUCCUCAUGCCUGUCCUCACUCAUCCAGUCGCAUGUUGUUAACGUGUCAUUAUCAAACAUGAGCAGGUGACCGUCAUUGCACCUUCCUGUGUGUGUGUCUGUGCGUGUGUGUAACGUUGUUGAAUGUUGAAUGCCUUAUCUUCAUGAUGUGUUCAUGCAACCUGCAGCAUGAGUUUGAUUCCGUUGUUUGUUGAAUGUCUCCCAAACAGCUGCUGGGUAAUAUCAGAUACUCAUUAGACAGAUAGCAGGACUAUCAGGUGCAAACAGGACCUCUCUCCUCCUCCUCCUCCUCCUCCUCCUCCUCUUCCUCCUCUUUCUCCUUCUUUUCCCAGCUUUCCUCCUCUCUCCUGUGGUUGUAAUUCCACCAGCCGACCAGCAGGCGGCAGUCUCUCUUCACCAAAACCAGACUGGGCCCCCCCCUUUUUUUCUUUUACCAUCACCGAACAAACCAGUGGAAGCUCCGGGGACGUCGCAGGUCAGAUUCUGCCUUAAAACCCCACCUUGUUGUUUUUGUUUUUUCCAUGGAGGUAUUUUUCCACAUACACACAAACAUCUGGAUGUUUCUGCCUCUGGACUACAUCUCCCAUCAGGCACCUGGGCUCGCCCCUCAGCUUCAUCUACACGAAAAGUUUUUUCUCAUUUCAUCGGUUGUAUUUUUGAAUGUGACGACACACACGCAUGAAUCCAAACACGUGGACGCACACACAGGGAACGCCACUCACACCAGAAACACCGUUAGGCGUCCCGUACACUUUAAAGCUGUGUGAUCACGUGUGUGUUACAUGUGUGACGUUUGUUUUUACCAUUGAAUGAUUUGUACAUAUUAACAUCUCUUACGUCAUGUUGAAUGUUUUUAGGUUGAUUGACACUUCAUGAGACAAAAAGGUUUGAAUGGACCCGAUGCACUUUGCCCUGAAGUACUACAGCUAAGAAUCUGAUUAGAAAUGAACGAGUGAGAAGAUGAAUGUGUGAUGAAGUGUGAUCUUUAUGAAUGAAGCUUAAGUGUAAUUCUCUCUUUUUAAAAUGGUUUUAUACUGGUUUUCUAACUUGUCAGAAAACUUCCUUUUUGCCUGAUUUUCAUUCUGGUGAUUUAUUUUGUAACCACUCAGCUUAUCUGUUCAAACAAAAUGAUAUUUAAGACAAUAAGCCACAAGCCUGUGUUUCUUGGAUGAAGCUGUGAAAUGUACAGAGCGAUGCUGUAGAUGUUGUUACUUGAACUCCCCCCCCCCCCCCCCCCCCCCCCAGUUUCACGACUCCACAUUUCCUCCACUGUCCGUGACUUUUCCUCUAUUGGACAUUAAAGGGGUGUUCAGAGAUUUUAGUAUUUCACCAGUGAGAGAAUAAUAAGUUAUAUCAUAUCUUCAUCUUUUUAGCUCCUGAUGUUGCUCAAACUACAAAUUUGAAGGACUUAACUUAAAGUAUGUUGAGUAUAUUUUGAUGUGUAGAAUCUGAUGUCGCGUCUCUGACGGCUUUCUGCUGAUUUGAAUUUAAAUUUAUUGGGGAUUCAGUUCAUACAUGGCUGUAGCUUAUUAUUUACAUCAUUAAUUAAUCCAUUAGAAAUUCUCAUCUAUAUAACUUCAGAUGUCUUGUACUGCCGUUAAUAAAGCAAUUACCGUUAAAAUUAUUAUUGAUUUAUUGUUUUUCUAUUUGUUUGGUCCGUAAAAUAAUGAUUAAUAUCAGAAUCUUAACGAGCUCAAGCCGACGUCUUCUAGUUUUGUCGAAUAAACAAAAAAAAUCCCAAACCCAAAGAUUUUCCACUUAACUCCGAGAGAAGUGAAGAAUCUUUGCAUUUUAAGCAGCUGGAGCAAGUGACGGUUUUAAAUUUAUUCAACUUUAUCGAUAAAUUAUUUCAGUACUAAAACCGAUACUCUGCUUCUUAUCGUAAUUGUAAAUGUGCACUAAGGCAAAGAGGAUCGUCCACUGACGGUGAAACGAGAAUAAACACAUCUUCUUCACGUCAGAUGAGUGAUUGUGUUGCCGUCUGUUCAACUCAGUAAAUGAAACAAACUGUUAAAGAGACAUUUCACUCCGAAGACGUCUUGAAGUGAACUGCCCCUUUAAAUCAAAGCUGUCGCUGACAAAACAAAUCUCAUUCACAGGUAAUUUUCUUAACCGUUAUUAUGCCUAUAAACACUGAGCUGCGUAUUAUAAUAGCCGCUGUUCUUUAAUCCUGAAUAUUAUGCAGAAAUAAAUAAUAACCAAUCAGCUUUGACAUGUUUAAUAUGAUAAGAGUUCCUUCUUGUUCUCUGCUGGAACCUCUGCCAAGCUACUGUGAGCGUGCUGCUGUUUCUCGUCCAGCUAAAUAAAAGCCCACGUGUUGCUCUUCACAUUCUCAUUUUCAAACUCGUUUAUCGUCGAGCAUGAAAAUAAAUGUCAAUCUCUUUCCUAUCAUCAACUCAAACAGUCACAGUGAAUGAAAAUCAGCAGGUACUGGGUGUUUCAGCCGGAUAGCAACACGUCUAAUCCAUGUAAAUCUGUGUGUUCUUACCAUGUUGUAUAUGUUUUAAUAACCAAUGGCAGUACUUCUCUCCAUAUUGUUGUGCACAUGUUUUUACUUUGAAUGUUGUCGGACACUUUGUGAACAAAAUGCUUUUUUGUUUCUUCUUCUUCUUCUUCUUCCAAGAUAUUGUUCUAAUAAAAUAAGCAGCAAUGAAAAGUC